AUGAUGCAGCAAGAAUCGAUGCAUAAUAAAUUACGUGAAGAGUGUACAAAUGAUGCUGCUUCUGUCGAAAGUGAUGGUGAAUUCAGUGAGAAAACGACCGAGGAGAUCGUGGCCAGCUCAAUUGAUGCACUUUCACAGAUGGGUCAUAUUUUGUAUUUAAAGAGUAAUGCGGAUCAAACAGAACAAGUGAUACUCAAGCAAGGAAAAUCACAGAAAACUAAUGAUCAGAAUAGAGACGGCGUGGUUAAUGCAACUAGUGACAACGAUUAUACUGCGGCGACUGAAUCGUCUUAUGUUCUGUUUUUCGAGGUUUUAUUUCCUUUCUUGGUCGCUGGAUUUGGGAUGGUGUUAGCUGGCCUUGUUCUUGAUGCCGUUCAACAUUGGCAACUCUUCGUUCAGGUACCGGAAACAUUCAUAUUAGUGCCAGCUCUGCUUGGCUUGAAGGGUAAUCUUGAAAUGACGCUCGCUUCGCGUCUUUCUACUUUGGCAAAUAUGGGUCGGAUGGAUAGUGCAGAAAGUCGUUGGUUAGUAAUAACAACAAAUUUAGCUCUGAUCCAAGUCCAGGCAAUCGUUGUCGCAUUUCUUGCAUCUUCAUUUGCAAUUGUUCUUGCUUGGAUACCCAAGGGACAAGUUGAUUGGGCACACGUGACGCUGUUGUGUGCAAGUAGUUUGACAACUGCAUCGAUAGCGUCGUUUCUGUUGAGUUUGAUAAUGAUUGUGGUGGUAUUAACGUCGCGGUAUUUGCACAUCAAUCCAGAUAAUGUGGCUACUCCAAUCGCCGCGUCUCUUGGUGAUCUCACCACACUUGCCGUCUUGUCUCUUUUCGGGUCAGCCUUCCUUCGCGCACAUCUAACCGAGUCAUGGUUGAAUGUAACAGUGAUAAUCAUAUUCUUACUGGCUGCUCCGUUAUGGUCGAUAGCAGCACGUCGAGAUGACGGUGCAAGGGAUGUGCUUGAAAAUGGAUGGUCACCAAUCAUAUUCUCAAUGCUGAUCAGUAGCACUGGUGGUUUCAUUCUUGAAGGUGCUAUUAAGAGAUUCCCGCGAAUGGCUGUCUUCCAGCCUGUGAUUAAUGGUGUUGGUGGUAAUUUGGCUGCAGUUCAUGCGAGUCGUUUAGCAACAUUCUUUCAUCGGAAUUCACCACCUGGCAUCCUACCUUAUGAAUGGUCUGUUCGGCGUUUUUUCAGUUUUCGACGCGCUUUUUUUUCUUCAGAUUGGGACGCGCGAUCGGCUCGUGUCUUGUUGGCACUGGUUGUGCCUGGACAUAUAAUUUUUAAUUGGAUUAUUCGAGCUUUACAUUCUGGUCAAACACCUCCUUCUGGUGCACUCUUCACUAGUCUCUAUCUGAUCGCUGCCUUUUCACAGGUGAUGCUAAUUUUAUACUUUUGUCAGUGGUUGGUGGCGUUAAUGUGGUGGUUGGAAGUAGAUCCAGAUAAUGCCGCCAUUCCAUAUUUGACAGCAUUAGGCGAUUUAAGCGGGACAUUCCUUCUUUUCAUCACUUUUCUUCUUCUUAACUGGUCAGAAAAGAGUGAUGUUCAUUGA